AUGUUGCUAGCUCGUCUAAGGCUGUUGGCCAACCCCCAACAGGGACAGGCCUGGCGUCUCAGCCCGUUUAUAUGGCACAGACAGAUCGAGACCUGGCAACAGGUGAAGGAGGCUCAGGUCGUCGACUGGGCGGACGGGGGCCUGGAGGAAUGGCGUUUACCACAUGUGCCCCACUGCUUCGGAAGCGAUGCCUGUUCAACCGAAUUUGGGUUGCGGAGGUGUGGUCCGCCGUUCUCGUUCACAGGGCUGGAACAAGUGUUGGGUGGGCCGGUGGCGGUGUACGCCCUUUACUUGAGGGUGGGAGACCAAUGCGUUGCUGAGCCAGAUUAUUCAAUAAUUUGCUAUGCUCUGAAGCAGCUCGGUGUACCUGUCUUGGUUGUGCCAUCUCAUUGGUUCUGGCCCUCUGUCUGUGUCUGUGAGCUUGUCUCGGUCAGCACUUCGAAUAUCCUCGUUUGUCAUCGCUCCGAGUGGGCGGCUUCCAGGCCCCAAUCUGUACAGGCGAAUAACCUUUUGGCAUGUUCGUUGAAAAUGCCAAUCUACCUUCGACCUCUGCCAGCCUGGGGACCGCAGAAACGUGAAGUUCUCAUCUUCUGCCUGCUUGUCUUCUGCACGAGUCACCAGAGCCAAGCAAGUAAGUGCAGCCAAAUAUUCUCCGGUUGCAUACAUUUGGUUGCAGUUGGAAAAAUAGGCUCCUCCCUCGAAUGCACUGUAGAUCGUUUGGCCAAUAAGUCGUCGACGAGGCACCAGGCGAUUCAACUUGUUGACUGUGACCGAAAGAUGGACUCUUUAAUGUGA